AUGAGUGAAAGAAAAGAAAGAACAAAUGGUGGUAACAUUAGAAAGGUAAAUCCGCCACCUCAUUCACAACCACAUCAUCCUCAGCAACAACAACAACAACAACAACAACAACAACAGCAUUUUGUUGCACCCAGCUCGCCUACGUAUCCGCCCUAUGCUACCUUUGUCGAUGUCCCAACGCAAGUCGUCUAUGACCCAAAUGACCCCAACAACACAACCUACGCAUACGUCUAUCCACUGAGCCCACAAUUUUCAGUCCAGUACUAUGCUACGGACAAUACCGCACGUUAUGGUAGCUAUCCAGGAUCGCCCGUGCUUCAUCCUCAUCUUGCAGCCCACUACCACUCACCUCAAAUGCAUCCUUCCAGCCCGCCCUUUAGUCCUACAUUGGCAUCACCCCCCACACAUGCUACAUUUGUGCUGCCCCAUCAUCAGCAACAUUUCCCUCCUUUGCACAUCAGCUCACCUGUAUUGAACGCCUCUUCUCCUCCACAACAUCAGUUUAUUCAGCCAUUGAAUUUUGAUUUGAAAAAGAGACAGGAACAAUUGGAACAGGAAUACGUCCAUUUAACUCAGUUUCAUCCUCAAAACAUUUAUGUGCGUGGGUUGUCUGCUACAGAGACAGAUGAAUCAUUUUUGGAAUUAUGCAGCGUAUAUGGUCCCAUCAGCUCAUCCAAAGCCAUUAUUGAUCAAAAGACGGGCGAAUGUAAGGGAUAUGGAUUUGCCAUGUUUGAAGACCAGGAUCACUGCCAGUUGGCCAUUCAGGGCCUAAAUGCUGCAGGUUACCAGGCAUCGUUAGCCCGAGUUGGACAGGAAUCAUUCAGCUCGAGGUUGAGAAGUCUCCAGGACGAAAAUUCUACCAACAUUUACAUUUCGAACUUGCCUGUCAGCAUGGAUGAAGAAGGACUGGAGGCUCUGUUUAAGCCCUACCAGACAAUAUCAAACCGUAUAUUACGUGACCCACAAUCAGGUAUUAGUAGAGGCGUUGGAUUUGCUAGACUUGGUGAUCGUCAAUCAGCUAGUGCCAUUAUCGAGAAAUACAACGGCCAUUCCAUCACCGGCUCAUCUGCACCCUUGCAAGUGCGUUUUGCUGAUUCACCUGCCCAAAAGAAGCUCAAGAGUCAAACAUCCUCCACCAAAAAGAUAAAGCACCCACGUCAAGACAAUAACACCACCAUAUUCCCCUUUCCUAUUAGACCCAUGAUGCCCAUUACACCCGAAACCAUGCUCGGUAUUGCACCUUCUUCGUCCAACAGUUACCCUCGUUCCAUUGUCACUACGGAACCUAUCCACCACCACCACCACCAUCACCACCACCAAGACUUGUCAGACAUUGAUUCACUUUCAACUGCUGUCAAUCAAUUGGAUUUAAAAGAGAAGAAUAACACAGGUAGCGGCCUUGUGAGACAAUAA